AUGAAUGAUGAACAGUGUAAUAGAUUUGAGGGCAUUUAUGCUGGAGCUGUGAAUGGAUGGAACCACAAAGGACAAAAAGAAAGUUUAACGGUGAUGAAUGUUAUUCGAUUAGAGUUUUCUGUUUAUGAUUUGGCUGGUGAGAACAUGUUCCUGUUGAAUUUGAACAUCAGUGUUUGUUUAGAAGUUGAAGGAUCUUGUUUGAUACACAUACCUAUCUUCAAAAACACUAAACUUCCGAAGUACCAGUGUAAUUGGUCUAAAAACUUAAAUUCAAAAGGAUUUUCCUUGGAGAAGUUUAAAUUGGAGAAUGAUAUUUUUGGUACAGUUAAGGGUGUUGUUUCAACAAGAUUGCUGGAAGAAUUAGGAAUAGCUAAGUAUUUAAAAGAAGAACAGUGUAAUCGACUUACUAGUCCAUUUUCAUUGGCAAAUUCAAAUGGAUGGAAUGAUGAAUGUAAACGUUUGCAGCGGAAUACUUUACCAAAACUAAAAGGACCAAUCAGUUGUUACCUGACUGAAUCGUGUACUCACGUAGAGUGUUGUAUAUUUGUUACUCAGAUAAAUAGAACUGUAUCCCUGUUUCUAGACAUAAAUGCAUGCAAUUACCAGAUGUCUGUUGGAAUUGAGACACUUAUUUUUCGUAAAUCCUUACUACAUUAUGAAUUUGGAAAGACAGAUAUGUUUAGAAUGGGCAAUGUUGUUGGAUUAAAAUAUAAUAUAGAGGAUUUGAAAGGGGAGCACAUGUUUUUAUUGAAUAUGGAUUUAAGUGUAUGUUUUGAAACAGAAGGAUCUUGCGUUUUAAAGCUGCCAUUAUUUAGAGAAGCGUUGCUUCCAAAGCCAGUUUGUGAUCUUGACCAGGGAUUUCCAAAACUUGGUAAAACACUGAAAUUACAUGUAUUAGCCAUAAAGAAUUUAUGGAAAAACUUUGUAACCCCUCUUUUGACAGAACAAGUAUAG